AUGAGGAAGCCUGUCACUGUAAGCGCCGAUGCAAGCAGCUACGGACUGGGAGGAGUUCUCCUCCAGGAAGACCGGGGUGAUCUUCAGCCAGUGGCCUACUGUUCCAGAACUUUAUCAAGGGCGGAGAAGAACUACGCUCAUAUUGAAAAGGAACUGUUGGCGGCCAUCUGGGCGUGCGAAAAGUUCGAUCGCUACCUCAUCGGUCUGCCGUCAUUCACACUGCUCACCGACUACAAGCCCAUUGUUCCCCUGAUCAACUCUAAAGAACUGAAUGAUGCACCUGUCCGCUGCCAACGAAUGCUGAUGAGGAUGAUGCGCUACAGCGGAAAGGCAGUAUACACCCAAGGGAAAAACAUGACUGUCGCAGACUCCUUGUCCCGAAGUCCAGUAGUGAGCACCGAGCCUGAAGAAUUUGGUGAAGAAAUCGAGGCUCAUGCCGCUACAAUCCAAAAGUCAUGGGAUGCCACGGAUAGCAAACUUGACGAAAUCAGAAACAAGUCUCAACAGGAUCCAGCGAUCAGUGCUGCGAUACAGUACACUAGAAGCGGUUGGCCGAAAUUCAUACAGAACGUCAGGUCCGAAGCUCGCGACCUCUACGCAGUUUCCAGUGAACUGAGCGAAGUCCAUGGACUACUCGUCAGAGGUAACCGCAUCGUAAUCCCCAAGGCAAUGCGAGGAGAGAUGCUCAGCAGGAUCCACGACGGUCACCUUGGAGUGUCGAAGUGUCGAGAACGGGCCAAAUCUUCCAUUUGGUGGCCUGGUCUCAGCUCCGAGAUACGGGAAGUCGUCUCAAGAUGCGACCAUUGCCAGCGGAAACGUCCAGCACAACCAAGCGAACCUCUAACCCCGACAGCUCUACCUGAGCGGCCGUUCCAGAUGGUUGGUGCUGACCUCUGCAACUACAAGGGACAUAACUACCUGGUACUCGUGGACUACUUUUCACGGUACUUGGAGGUGGCCUACAUGCCAGACACCACCUCAGAGACUGUCGUGUACAAACUGAAAAACGUCUUCGCUCGGUUUGGCAUUCCAGAACUACUGGUGACUGACAACGGUCCUCAGUUUGUGUCAGACCGUUUCCACAAGUUCGCCAAGGGCUGGGGAUUUAAACACACGACCAGCAGUCCUCAUUUUCCCCAGAGCAACGGCGGGUCGGAGAGAGCAGUCGAGGAAGCGAAGAAAGCCCUGAGUCAGGACGACCCAUUUCUCGCACUCCUGAUCUACAGGUCUACACCGGUGUCACCGACGUGGGCGAGCCCAGCGGAACUUGCUCUUGGGCGACGCCUGAGGACGACCCUGCCAACUCUACCGUCAAACCUGAACCAGCAGGUCUACGACAGGGCGAAGAUUGCAGCCAGAGACGCUGAGUCGAAGCGUAAGUACAAACAAGCUUUUGACAGACGUCACAGAGCCCAGAACCUCCCGGAGCUGAAUCCUGGUCAGCUCGUCCUGCAGAAGCUGGAGAACGACAAGGAGUGGCGUGGCCCUGCGGUUGUCAAAGAACGGUGUGCACCGAGGUCUUACAUCAUACAGUCUGGGGAUAGGGCUUACCGCCGGAACCGCAAACACCUGAAGCCCUACGUCGACCCUCCUUCCAUGCCUUCUUCACCUGUUGCCACCCCAGAGCCUACUCCAAUGUCCGUUCCCUUACCUCCGCCACCAGCUGUCCAGUCGGUGGAGCCUGAUGUCACACCACCAUCACCUCAGCUAGCAGCCGUUCCAGCCAGUCCAGCUCCAAUAACUACACGAAGUGGACGAGUGGUCAGGAGACCCGCUCGUUACCCGGACUGA